UGGAGCUGAAACUGAGCUGCGCGCGACACAGCGAGCCGCUCACAGAACAGGAGGAGUUCCUGAUUAACGGGAUUUAAACUAAUAAAGUUCCCCGGAGUCGAACCCGAGCUGUGUUUCCCCCGGAGUCGAACCCGAGCUGUGUUUCCCCCGGAGUCGAACCCGAGCUGUGUUUCCCCCGGAGUCGAACCCGAGCUGUGUUUCCCCCGGAGUGGAGCCCGAGCUGUGUUUCCCCCGGAGUCGAACCCGAGCUGUGUCCCGCAGGCAGUGAGAGUGAAUGGCUGUGAAGGAGAAAGCUGUGGCUCUGGCCAGGCUGCUGCUGCAGGACUGCACCCGCUUACUGCAGUUAUAUACUACUCGGGAAUCUCUGCCAUCUAACUCUGUAUCUGGGUCACAGUUGGUGUCCAUCCCUCCACUAACACCUCAACUCUCACCCUCGGAGAAAAUCUGCUUCCUGCACGCGGCUCUCCAGGCGUGUCUCCGUCUGCUGGACACGGCCAUAGCCCAGGAGGACGCCAACUUCCCCAGCACACCUGAGGAUGAGUACACAAAACAGAGGAGGACUGUCCGAGACCGACUCAAUUCCCUGGUGUGGAGCACAGAGCGCCUCCUGGUGGGGGGAAAGAGGUGUGACGCUGAGGCAAAGGAAUUGAUGGAUGGUGGGGUGUUUGCGCUGAAGAAAUGGAUCCUCCAGCUUCUGCAGGAUCUUGUGUACUGGUCCAACAAGACAGCUGAAACUCUCCAGACCCUGCCUGCUCUCACGGCCACAAAACCGAGAACAAGAAGGUCUGCAACAAAUAAGGAAGCAUACAAACUACGCAAAUGAACAUCUCCGUGUAUGUGUAUGUGUGUGUGUGAGCGAGAGAGAGAGACCAUAAUUGAACCACUUUAGUAAACUAACAUUAAAAUUUCCACAUGUACAGAUCUACAAAAUUGAGGAGUUGGUUAAAGCCUUUUUUUUUUUUUUUUCCCUCUUCAGUGAACCACAAUGAGCUUUAAUUUCACUAACUUGGCGCCCUCUGCUGGACAAAACGCAUUACAACAUUAGAAAAAGAAAUUGUUUUUCAGCUUCUGUCUCCUUUGGUAUUAUAAAUCAGGAGGAUAUUGCUACCAUUUAACUCAAACUGCAUCUAAAAUGUAAUUUCAAAUUUUAUUACCAUUUUUCACGAUAUUGAUGUUUCAUGACGUGUUCUAGUCAUUCAUGUAAAAUAUCGUGAUAUAAAUUUAAGUUCAAAUCGCCUUUCCCGACUCCCUCCUCCACUCCAAACUCAUUGUUUAUUUGCUUAUUUUUAUUCACAUGGAAUCUGUUCAAGUCACUAACGUAUCAAAAAGUCAUGUUUAGGAUGUUUCCUGUGUCCAUGUCAGUAUGCGGGGAAAUCUGUUUGUGUUUUUCACGUAUAGUCAAAGAUGCGAGAACACUGCUGCUAGGCGACUGAUAACUAUGGGCAUCACGUCCUAGCCUAGCUUAUCGCUGUUGCUAGCGAGUUUUCUCGCUGUAAAAUGUUUUCUACAGAUAUUGUGAAAGUGCAGUGACUGUAGAAACCAGAUAGAAUGAUCAGAAAGGUCAACAUUUACCUCAGAUGUGUCGAUAAGAUUCUUAGAAAAGACGCCCCACGACUACAAUGACACUUAGCUUAGCAUUGACCGCUAACACAAGUCCCACAGGUUCAGCCAUUUUGAAAACCAUGUUGCAUUGUAAUCUGGAUUUCUGAAAAUGAGGGCCUGUGUAGCUGCAGUUAGGAGUUAUGUUCACUUUUAAACAAGUUACAACUCCUUAAGAGAGAUUUUUUUAUUAAUCAAAACAUCACCAUGUUAUAUAAAAGAAUAUUUCAGACUAUAGUAUAUUAAAUGAAAUAUUUAUAAAUAUAUUAUGUAAAGGCAAUAAAUAAACAAGUUAAAUGGGACAUUUAAUAUCAAUAAAUUAUUUUGAUAAUACUUUAAUUUCAAUAAUUACAUGUUGCACAAAGUAGACAUUUAAUUAUUUACUUGUUCAUUUUUUAAAUUUUCAAACUUAUCUCUCACACACACACACACACACACACACACACACACACACACACACACACACACUCAUUCACUCUGGCCACUUUAAUAGGAACGUGUUGUUGAUUUUAAGAUCCCUGUUGUUGGCUGCAGGAGUGGAACCCAAUGUGUUCUUCUGUUUUCUGUUGCAUGCUGAGAUGCUUUUCUGCUCACCACGGUUGUAAAGAGUGAUUAUACAAGUUACUAUAUCCUCAAACCAGUCAGUCCAUUCCCCUCUGACCCUCUCUUAUCAACAAGGUGUUUGUUUCCACCCACAGAACUGUCGCUCACUCACUCACUCAGUGUUUUUUGUUUUCUGCACCAUUCUGUGUAAACUCUAGAGACUGUUGUGUGUGAAAACCCCAGGAGGAGAUCAGCAGCUUCUGAAACACUCAAACCAGUCCAUCUGGAUCAAACCAGCACCCAUACCACAGUGAGAGAAAGUCACACUUUAGGAUCAGUUUUUUUUUUUUCUUCUGAACAGCCAUCGCCCAAAGUGCCUAGUAAACAAAACAUUGUAGGAAAUCAGGAAGAAUCCGUUUUACUGGCCUGGAACUCUUGCACAUCUUUCGUUUAUAAUUUUCACUUGAACUUGUGCUUGAAUACUUGCAAUGUGUGUGAGAUGUACAACGCCACAAGACCAUUGCAAGUUUAUUCUUGAAAUAUUAGCACCUUUUCCCAAGUAUCAAUACUGGUUGUUUUUUUUUUUUUUUUUUUUUUUUUUGUUUGUUUGUUUUUUUAUUAGCUGAAUAUCAAAAUCUAUGAAUUUAUCAAAAGGAUACAAAUAUAUUUUUGAAAUGGUGUGGGUUUUUUAAACCAGUGACACCAAAACACAAGCAUGGUCACAAGUUUAUACAGAAUUCGACCCGGAAGUAGGAAGUCAGAAUUAUUUAACUUUUUGUAAGUUUGUUGUACAAAGUGGGGGUUAAAGUGUCUUUUGUUAGCAACAAGCUAGCCAGCUAACUGCGAUGAGUGAUGUAUAUUUACCUCCUCAAAACAGUGAACUGUAUCGUCAGUGUUCUAGAGUUAACGAGUGAGUAUAUCUGCAUGUUGAUCGAUCUAAAGAGAAUAUUUGUUUAUACAGUAUAAUUCCUUUAAAUGUACGAGUAGGUAUUCCCAGGAGAGGAUGACUUUUUUUUUUUCUUCCCUAGUCUGUGGGCCGAAAUGCCAAGUUGUGUUGUAGUUGAAUGCCACAAUAGUGUCAUGCCCAUUUUUAGUCCAGCGACGCCCCUUGGUGGACCCACUGAGAAUUUAUAUUGGAAAAAUUUAAAUCAAGAAAAAAGGGGAACAAAUUGACACAAAAGUGGGAGCCUGAUUAUAACACCGCUGUAUAGAUGACUGCACGUGUAUUAAAAUGGAAUCUAUAUAUUAACACCCUCGACCUUCAAGCACCAUGAUUUAUUUAUUUAUUUAUUUUUUUUUUUUUUUGGAGAAAUCAGGGAACCCUGCCUUUUCAUCAGACUAAAGCUGGAGGUACGCUACUGACCAAAUUCAGCAUGUAUGGAAGAAAGUAAGCUAGUGAUUGAUUGAUUUAUAAAGUUUUAAAACCAACAAACAUCUUUACUGACACUAAAACACGUUUAUAAAAUGUCCGACACUGAACAAAAACACUUCUUUUCUGUUUUAUUAAAUCAGAUAAUGCAUUAUCUUAAUAUUAGUUUGCAUGUAAACACCAUUGUUUAGUGAUUUAGUUUAUUACUGCUGGGGAAAUUUAGUCAAACACUUUUUUUAUUCACUGUUAAAUUCUUGUUCAUUAUGUCCUGAAAAUAUACUUCACCUUAUUUUAGAGUUGAAGGUUUCAAGCUUUUGGAAUACAUUAAAGUCGCGCAUUAACAGUGCACGCCAGUCGAGUGCUCCGAGUGGAUUUGUCCAGUCUAACAUCCGAACAAAAUCAACACACGCUAAACACGCAUCUCGCCCUACAUUCACACUCCGUGUUUUUGCUACAUGUAUACGCAACAUGUAGCUGCUAUUUCAGUGAUUAAAGUGUCAUCUUUUUGUAGAGAUUUUCUCAAAUUUAUACAAAUUAUAUCCGAUUGUCUCAGACUAUCUUGAAUGAUUCCUCAGACCAGUCCGACUGCGCAUGGGGUGUGACGUUUCAUCAGUUCCCCAUUCAUAACUUUAGCUCCUGCUUGUAAUUGGCCCCCAUUUACUGUUUGAUAUAAAAGUGGAAGAAAAACCUUUAAGCAUGUUUCAUCUUCCGGUGUCGUAAACGGCAGCUCAUUAAAAGUGUGUAGAGAUGUUACAAAAAAACUAUUUGCACACUGAUUAGUGCGUUGUUUAACUAGUAAUACACUAGCUACGACAGUUUCUUAUCGGAACUAAAAACAAAGCUAGACAGGCCACACCCACAAAUGAUAAAAGUAGUAGUCUCUACACGACAACAAGUGAAAUGUGAAAUCUCUCUCUCUCUCUCUCUCUCCAUUAGCACUUUCCCCCCUUCAGUUUGCUAGCCAAACUGGAAACAUUGAGAACUUUUCUGAUGGCCAACGACAUUCUCUCUCUCUCUCUCUCUCUCCUUUGAAAUUGAAUGCGAAUAUAGCGUCCGAUGUGAAAAGCCCUUUUCGCUGACACUGCUUUAAUCCGUUACACACCUUCACUAUUGUUUUUACCUGAAUGUACUGAGCAGAUCUCUGAAGGAUUUUUCUAAAAGGUUGCGAGAUCACUAUAUAAUAAACAGUAUAGAGCAUGUGACCAUCAUAUGAUGUUAGAAAUGGAGAUUACACACCUGCAACUACUGAUAUAUAAUGAUCUCUCUUAUCUUUACUAUUUUCCUCACUUUAGAUUUCUCAGUGUGUCACUAAUUGGUUCAUAUGUAGGCAUUAACUUUUCCAGAUCAAAUACAUACACGGGCAUUAAGUGUUCAUAUCUACCGUAAAUUCAAGCAAAAACUUUAUCCAUAUGUCUUUAAGAUGAUGCAAAAUGUAGCCUGUAUGUUAUUGUGUGUCAAAAUGUUUUGUUUUUGUAUAUCUAUUUUGUAUCUUUGUAUCUUUUAUAUGAAAAAUAAAUUUAAAUCAAUGAUGGCCUUUAAAAGUGGAUUGCUGCUUUUCACGUUAAGGCUUCCUUUAGAGUUUCCUGUUUCAUUAAAAUGUUACGGUACGUAGAAAUGUAUUUCUUGGAAUGGGGAAAAAAUAACAGGAUUUAUUCUCUCCACAUUCACUGGAUAUGAGCAACGGUGCACUCUGAUUGGCUACUCUACUACUAGGAUAUCAGCUCAUAUACUGUGAGUAGAGAAAAAAACAAAAUGGUGGAGCGUGUUCCCGAACCAACCGAGGACGAAAUAAAAACUACUCGAAAACAAAACCCUAAAAAUUAUCAAGUAUUUAAAAGAAACAGAAAUGGCUAAAAGAAUAUAGUCCCCCCCCCCCCCCCCCAAUAUCGCCUGUUCCACACUCCAGCCCAGUUGGUGGUGGUAAUGCACCUUUAAGUUGGUUUGCCAGCUGCCAAAAAACCCUAAAAAAAAAAAAAAGCCCCCCCCCCCAAAAUAAAUUUAAAAAGCAGCAAAAUAUGGAAUAAAAGUAUUUGAUGGUAAGGGUUUGUUUGUUUGUUUUUGUUUUUUCUUUCUAAGAAUUAUUGCAUUUUCCACAAAUUGCUCCUGUUAUUUUGCCGGUUUGUUUACAUUCUCAGCGGAUUUUGUUGGAUGUUUUGUAUAAAGUUUUCAUUUAUCGCAUUUGCAAAAAAUAAAAAUGCUCUUUCUCAAUCCAGUGAAUGUGGAUAGAAUAAAAGUUAUUCCACUCAAUCUCAUCGUACAUGGAUUAUAGUAAACUUGGUGCUACGCGUCUCGUCGCCUAUCAGCUCAUGUACGACUCGAUUUCGUGGAAUAACUGUUAAAUCUGUAUGUGUGUGUUCUACAGCAGCUCCGUAAGCAUUUAAAAAAAAAAAUAUUUGUGCACAGUCACUGAGUUGUAACUGGAUAUCCUUUUAAAGCUGGAGUGGUGUGAUGUUAGGCUACGUUCACACUGCAGGCUGAAGUGACUCAAAUCCGAUCUUUUCGCCCAUAUGUGACCUGUAUCCAAUCUUUUAUUGACAAUAUGAACGACACAGAUCCGAUUUUUUCAAAUCCGACCCAGGCCGUUUGGAUAUGUGGUCCUAAUUCCGAUUCCUAUCCGCUCUUUUCAUAUGCGACUUCAGUCUGAACCGCCAGGUCGCAUUCAUCCGACUUACACGUCAUCAACAAGCCACAAACGUCACUAUUCUGCGCUGAAGUAGGCGGCGGGUCUCUCAAAAAAAGUUACAACAACAUGGCGCAUAAUCACGGGCGCAGAUAGAGGGUGGGAUUCGUCCCACCCAGAUUUAAAUUCACUUCGUUCGGUCCCCCCCACUUUGCAUAAGGCAAACCUCACAGAAAAAUCAAAAGACUAAUUACCAUUCGGUUUAUUGAGGUGCACAGCAGUGUAUACAUAGUUGCAACAACUCACAUAAAACAAAACAAAGACUGAUAUUCGGUUGGUUGAGCUGCGCAGACUGCACAGGUUGCGAGCUCGAGCUUGGUUGCUAUAGUAACCCACAACAAGUUUGACAGGCAUAUUGGGGUUGGUUUGCUGGCAGCUUUGUCCCCCCCCAGUUCAAAAAACGUAUCUGCGCCCCUGCGCAUGACAUCAAUGCGAGGGACGCUUCGGGCUGUGAAGGUUCUGAAUCUUCUCAAUGGAAGGACGCAGAGGUUAGGGAGCUGAUUUCCAUUUGGGGGGAUACAGCUAUUCAAGCUAGAUUGGAUGGGUCAUACCGCAACCGGGCGGUUUUACUUCCGUAAACACUGGCCAUGCUCAUUGCGUGUGACGUCGUCGUAUCCUGCAAUGCGUAUGCGGAACACUUUUAGGUCGCUUUUCGUUCAUACUGAGGAUCACAUACAAGUCGCAUAUAUUUGUUAAUGUGAACGACCUCACAAAAAAAUCGGAUUUCACAAAAAAAUCGGAAUUGAGCAUUAAGCCUUGCAGUGUGAACGUAGCGUUAGUGAUUAACUGCUUACCCUGGAGUGCUUUAUUCCACUUAUACCACAUCAACUCUCCACUUUUUGACAAUUGUUUUUUUUGUUUGUUUUUAAUUGCAAAACAUUUUGUUAACUGUAAACUGUAGUUGAAUGUGUGAAUUAGUUAUUCCCUGUUAUCACUUCCUGAAAGUGAACAGCAUUAAAUCUGUCUGUUUCAAAGUGCUGACACUGGAGUUAAAAUGGUAAAU